CGAACACUUCCCUCUCAGUGUCAAUAGAUCUCAAAAAUUAUACUUAGCAGUCCUCCCAGCUAGCUGAACUCCCUAGUGAAUCAGAGUGUAUCGUCCUUACGAUCUCAUCAUCUUGUUUGAAGAUGGCGCCUCGCGGCUUUACCAAUCCUGCCCCCAAGACUGAAUCGGCGCGCUCCGCUUUAAACUCUUUCACCUGCACCCUAUGCAACAAAUCCUAUUCUCGUCACCCUGAAUACGAAGCCCAUAUAUCAUCGUAUGAUCAUCAGCAUCGCAAGCGUCUGCAGGAUCUCAAACAGCUUUCACGAGACCCGAACGCUGCGGAGAAGGCAAGAAGAGCGGAGCGGAAGGCCGAUGCGGAGGCCGGCUUGAGGGUUAUAGGCACCCCUAAUAGUGGCUCUUCUGUCAUCGGAGCAGGUAGCGGGAAUAACCAUAGCUUUGGAGGCGGGGGAGGUUUCAAGAAAGGAGGGUUCAAAAGUUCCUUCACGUCAGUCAAGGGACCCGUCGGCCCUGCUGCACCUACCAAGAAGAACGUUCUAGGAGGGGACGACGAUGAUCAUGACGACUCCGCUACCCCAGAAUCAACACAUACAAGCAAUCGCAUUCGAAGUACGGCAGCGAAACGGUCUAGUUCUCAACAUAGACUAGAGGAGAGCGACACUGAUUGUGAAGUUGCCGACGGGAAUUACUACGAUCCAAGUCAUCCUACAGAUUGCUAUCGUGGAUGUGCCGGAAGUAGAAACGAGCUCCAAGCUGGAAUAGCAAUCGUUUGAAGAAAAGAGACGCCUUGAGAAUCAUGAGGGUUGUAAUUAUGUAGGGGGUGGGUGUUGCUUGAUUGAUGGUCUACUUGUUCCGUCGGUUGGGAUCUUGGUUUAGCAAAUUCCUGGUCUUUCUUUCCACCAUAAGUAGCCAAG